AUGGUCGUUCUCGCUGCCUCCAUCUGUACGAGGAGUGGUAAACCCCUCCUCUCGAGACAGUUCCGACCUAUGCCCAGAUCCCGAGUCGAUGGUCUCUUGGCUGCUUUCCCAAAACUCAUCCCUGUCAACUCCCAACACACGACAGUCGAGACCAACGAUGUCCGAUUUGUCUACCAACCAUUCGAGGAGCUCUACGUUUUGUUGAUUACCAACAAGGGCAGUAAUAUUCUUCAGGACAUCAACACACUUUCUCUCCUUGUUCGACUGAUAUCUUCCCUUACUCCUGCGAUGUCUGAACCUGCCAUUCUCCAUCACGCCUUUGACCUUCUUUGCGCAUUUGACGAAGUGGUUUCAAUGGGAUAUAAAGAAAACGUAUCACUCUCACAAGUUAGGAAUGUACUUGAAGGAGAAUCUCACGAAGAGAAAAUACAGGAGAUUAUAGCUAGGAAUAAAGAAGCUGAAGCUAAAGAGGAAUUAAAGAGAAGAGCAAAACAAUUAGAAAUGCAAAGAAGAGAACAACAAAGAAUAGCUCAAGCUGGAGGAGGUGCUUCGAGAUCAGGUCCAGGUGGUUAUGGUAACACAUCUGGUGGAGGUGGCGGUGGUAUGGCAGGUGGUUAUUCUUCUGUACCGAGAUAUGAAGCACCUACACAAACACAAGAUUACAGAACACCUUCACCGGCUCAGACUACUCAAAAACCAAAAUUCACAGGAUCAGGUAUGAAGUUGGGAGGUAAGAAAGGAAAACAGUCAGAUUUGAUGAAUGCUCUAGGUGGUGAAGCGGAUGUGGAGAUGGAACCAGAGCCAGAACCAGAGCCAGAGCCAGUGACUGAAACGGAGGUGUCUGCGGAUGUUUUGGAUAAAGUCGAACAGGAUAGCAUCCACGUAACUAUCAAAGAACAACUUUCACUCACUCUGCUUCGCGAUGGUGGUUUACAAUCAUUCGAAUUGAAAGGUGACUUGGAUCUCAGAAUUACCGACGCGGCUUUAGCAAAACUUCGAUUGACACUCGCACCAAACGAUUAUUCCGAAUUACAGUUCAAACAACAUCCCAACGUUGCUAAAUUUACUGGAAACGAAAAGAUCAUUGGUCUCAAAGAUUCAAGUAGGAAUUUCCCUGUUGGUCAAGGAUUAGGUGUACUCAGAUGGAGAAUGACUGGUAAAGAUGAGAGUCAUGUGCCGCUCAAUGUCACUGUCUGGCCUCAGCCAAGAGGUGAUGGUACUUCUGAUGUCGCAAUAGAGUACGAACUUGAAGCCCAACAUCUGUCACUUAAGAACGUGGUUAUCUCUAUACCUGUUCCUUCCGGUUCCCUUCCAUCCGUGACUGGUGAUGCCGAUUGGAGACUUUCCGGUAAUUCAUUCGUAUGGACAAUUGAUACCAUCGAUUCUGAGAAUUCGAAUGGAUCUUUGGAAUUCAGAUGUCAAGGAGACGCAGACGCUUUCUUCCCUGUUUCAGUUGGUUUCGCAGCUUCAGGUUCUUUGGCUGAUGUUGAGGUCACUAAAGCUACUUUAGUUGAAGGAGGAGAUGAACAGACUUUCUCACAGGAGAGAAUUUUGACUGUUGACAAAUAUGAGAUUGUAUAG